AUGGAUAAAAAAGACCGUGCCGGACCGUCGAGAAAGAGGGGACGUCCCGCUGGACGAAAUCGCGUCCCGUUAUCCUUGGAAGAGCGUCGCAACCGCAACGCACAGUACGAACGAGAGCGUCGCGCGGUCACCGCGGAGGCGACCCAACAGUUGGCUGAGGCCGCCGGCUGUUCUCCCGAGACUCCAACUGGAGACCUUCUUCUCCAUGUUGUAGCGUAUUUGCAUCGGAAUAUGCAACCACGACUUGGUGAGGAAAUCGCUGACUUGCGUCGAAGAAAUACAUUGUUGAAAGCUCAAAUUAUACAACUGGAAAACCAGCUAGCUAAUUUGGAAGCAGCUGAUAAUGACAUCAACGAUCAGCAACUCGCUGCACCGUCAGCGUCACUCCCGGGGCCCAGUUCGAUUCCGGAGCAUAAUGAGCCCGAGCAGGCUGACACACUGAUCAGCGAAGAGUCCGGGGCAGAGAUGCACUUACUAGGUAUAUCGUGA